GAGAAUGUGAAGUUGAUACAUAAACCAGUGUCUUUGCAGCCGAGAGGACUGAUCAACAAGGGAAACUGGUGCUAUAUCAACGCUACCCUACAAGCCCUGAUUGCAUGCCCCCCCAUGUAUCACCUGAUGAAGUCCAUUCCUCUGCAUAACGAAACGCAGAGACCAUGUACCUCCACACCCAUGAUGGACAACUUUGUCAGGCUGGUGAAUGAGUUUAACAACAUGCCUGUCCCAUCUAAAGCCAAACAGCAAGCUGUUGGUGAAAAAGUCAUGAAAGACGUUAGGCCUGGGUCCCCCUUUGAGCCCACCUACAUUUACAGACUGCUCACUCUCAUCAAGUCGAGUCUCUCUGAGAAGGUAAACUACGCUGCCUCUGCAUCAGAUACAGUCACUGCAUAGCAAUGUGUCAGGGUG